UUUCGUGGACGCCGGGUGAAGGCGAGUGUCCAUAGGAAGCGGGCCGGAGGGGAGCGGGAGGACCCAUCAGAGCCUGUGGAUUUGAGCCUCCACAUUUCUAAAUCAGGAUCUCGGUAAGAGACCGGCGACGGAAGGAGUGAAGUGGAAAGUGGAGUUUAAGAGUACAAAGAAAUGCAUCGUGAUUCCUGUCCAUUGGACUGUAAGGUUUAUGUAGGUAAUCUUGGAAACAAUGGCAACAAGACUGAAUUGGAACGGGCUUUUGGCUAUUAUGGACCUCUCCGAAGUGUGUGGGUUGCUAGAAACCCUCCUGGCUUUGCUUUUGUUGAGUUUGAAGAUCCCCGAGAUGCAGCUGAUGCUGUCCGAGAGCUAGAUGGAAGAACACUAUGUGGCUGCCGUGUAAGAGUGGAACUGUCGAAUGGUGAAAAAAGAAGUCGAAAUCGUGGUCCACCUCCCUCUUGGGGUCGUCGCCCUCGAGAUGAUUAUCGUAGAAGGAGUCCUCCACCUCGUCGCAGAUCUCCAAGAAGGAGAAGCUUCUCUCGCAGUCGGAGCAGGUCUCUUUCUAGAGAUAGGAGAAGAGAGAGAUCACUGUCUCGGGAGAGAAAUCACAAGCCGUCCCGAUCCUUCUCUAGGUCUCGUAGCCGAUCUAGGUCAAAUGAAAGGAAAUAGAAGACCAGUUCGCAAGAGAAGUGGUGUACAGGAAGUAACUUCAUUUGACAGGAGUAUGUACAGAAAAUUCAAGUUUUGUUUGAGACUUCAUAAGCUUGGUGCAUUUUUAAGAUGUUUUAGCUGUUCAAAUUUGUCUGUCUCUUGGAACAGUGACACACACAAAGAUGUAAUUCUCUAUGGUUUGAAAUGGAUCAUAUGAGGCAUGUAAUACCAAGAAUUGUUACUUUACAAUGUUCCCUUAAGCAAAAUUGAAUUUGUUUUGAACUCUAGUCUUGUGUAGACUGAUAACAAACCUCUAAAUCCUGCCCAGCUAAAGUGUGAUGUAUUAAUAUAGAAAUAAAACUGGCAAAAAUUGAACUAAGAUUUACUUUUUUCCGUAGCUGGAAUAUAGUACGCAGCUAUAGUCUUUAAAAACUGCUGUGAACACAAGCCAGCAGGUAAAAAUAAAAGCUGCACCUUUAAACUAAAUUACAGGUCUUUGAAGAAUCCAACUAGUCUUUACCCUGGUCAGAGAUUGCCUAGUUGGUAUGGAAUCUGUUAAGUUUCAAGAAAGUUUACCUUUGCUUUAGGUCAUAAGUUCUUAUGUGAUUACUAUAUAUGAACACAUAGCUGUUUAUAACAUUAUUUGGAAAUUUUCAAAAUACCGGUGUCCUGCCAGUUUAAGGGUACAUUGUAGAGCUGAACUUUGAGUUACUGUGCAAGAUUUUUUUUCAUGCUGUCAUUUGUAAUAUGUUUUGUGAGAAUCCUUGGGAUUAAAGUUUUGGUUACAAAUUGUUGUUUAACUUGAAAGCCUGUUAUUCCUUGCAAACUCAAAUCUGUGAGCUUGGUACCAAGUCCAGGUAUUACAUUCCUAUUGGAAGCCAUACUUAUAUUUUCUUGUAAAGUACUUUUGAAUUAAUAAAAUAUUAGCAUAAUCGUGUAAUAGUCAGUCGAAGCCACUGUUACCAUUGUUCUUAUCCCAUGGAAAGCAGUUGGUUAUACAGUUCUUACAAGAAACACAACUGAGAAGGCACUAUGGGUUAGUUUCUUGAAGGGAAUAUUUGGUUGUCACCUGAUUGUUAACAGUGACCCAUUUUUUAGGAGUUAAAAACCAGUUCAGGGUCCAUGUUACUUAGUGACCAACAUCAUAAAGUAUAGCAGCCCCCUGGUACGUUGUAACCCAAAGUAAGUUGCCCAUAAAAAAUAGCUUUUAUCUUUAGCAUGAAAACUUUCCACAGUUUUAAAAAUUGCUUCCAUUUUAUAAUUUGAGGUGUUGCAUGGGAAUUCUAAACUGAUCCAUCAUGAUGUAAAAUUCACAUAUGGUUCAAAUGUAACAGUGCAGAACUGAAUAUGGAGGCAUGCAUAACCUUCCUCUUAGAAAUCGGGAGGAGUUGUAACUUCAAAUUUUUGUGCAAUUAGAUUAAAUCAUAAUGCAACAGU